CUCCGAACAGUCAACGACAUUCUGAUACGACCAACGUAACGGAGAACAGUUCAAGGUAAAUCAAGAUGAGUAUCCUAGGAUCGUGUAUAAGCCUUUUAAUCUUUCAUCUGGUAUCGAUCAAGGCAAUCGGUGUUGGCCAAGCAUGGCGAGUAUCGCCAUACUCAAAGACCGAUUAUUCAUUGGAACAUCCAUCUUGGCCUCGAUUGGAUUCAUCAGCGUUCGAAGUACGCACUGUCAGUGGUGUAGGUCGUUUUGUACCUUUCAAUGAUUUACGAAGCUUUCAUAAUAAUCAAAUAAUAGAAAAAGUCGACAACGUAGAACCGAAUUCAUUGAUCGAGCAAGAAAAUAUCGAACGCGAUUCGAGAGAAAUGUCACAGUUCCGAGACGUUUUAAUAAAGAAAAAUAGAAAUGUUAGAAAGGAUUUGUCGUUAGAUCAAAAAAUGAUGGAGGACACUGUUACCUAUCCGCAAAAAAUAUUUCGUACAAAAGUUUCUAUGAGGGUAUUCCCGAUCGACAAUUGGGAUAAAUCAUUAAAAAUCGAUGAUAAAUUAGACAAAAUUAAAGAAAUGGAUAAUCAUCGUGUACGCCGUGAAACGGAGAACGAUACUAACAUGGACAAAAUAGGUACAAUGUUGACCCUUCGCGAGGCAAGAUUAGCUUCACCGGAAAUAUGGUCGAAACAACCGUUGUCCGUUGAAUUUCGUCAUCGUUCGAACUUCGAGCAACCACUACGAGAUCCAAACAAUGACGAGGAUGAUACGUCGAUCGGUAUAAGAAAUUAUCAGGGUCCACGUGCCGAUUUCGUAACGAGUCAUUAUCAUCGUCGUGGUUAUCCGGACAAUCGGGAAUCUCGCGAUACAUUUGUAUCUAAAACUUUCGAUGACAUUGAUCUACCAUGGUACAGGAAUAUGAUCAGAGAAAGGGAUUACGAUAUAUCACCAAUACCGCGUCGCAGUUAUUCCGAAUAUUAUCGGAAUUAUCCUGAAAGAAAUUAUAGAAUGGAAAGGGAUUAUUACAUGCGUGUACCAAACAACGAGCAUUCUUAUUAUUACGAUCGUUACAGGGACGAGGAUCUUGAUCUUUACGGUAGAAGCAGGCCAACACCUAAACCUAAAAGAAUUAUUUAUUAUGCUACAUUACCGGAAAUCGUAAGGAAGCCUGUUGAUCUAAGAAAUUAUCCUAGAACACCAUACCACGAUGGUGGUUUAACCAGGACAACCGUGACACGUGGUGGAACCUUCGAACGUGUACCCGGUAACGUUGAUCCUAGCAGGGAUGACGAGGAUCGUAGAAAAGGAUCAAUCAAGGAGAACUUAAACGACCAUGAUUCUGGAUUCGAAGCCAGUAACGACAGGAAUGUGGUCAAUCAAAUUCAAAAUAGAGACGAUGGGAAUAAAUUACCGUGGCCUGUACAAAUUGGUACCGAAGUUAGUGUCAAGGACGACGACAGGAUUCACGGGAGAAAAAUUUUUGGCGAUACAAUAGGUUUCGAAAGAUUACAGAAUUCGCCCGAACAUACUUCGAACAACGAAACUACCGAAAAGAAUAUUAAUUAA